CAUUGUGAUGCACCAGCAACCAUAACCCCAAUCCAUGGCUACAGACAAUGUCUACGUUCUCUUCUUCUUAUUGGCCUUCGUAUGCAUUCAACUGAUAAAACCCAACGUCUGCGACGGAGCUCUAACCUCAGGCUGCAUCCCUGCCGAAAGAAGUGCUCUACUUGAGUUCAAACGAGGCCUGGAAGAUCCUACCAACAGGCUGUCCUCUUGGGUGAAUGAAGACUGCUGCAAAUGGGAGGGUGUGACGUGCAGCAAUCAUACUGGGCAUGUCGUCAAGCUGGACCUCCACAAUCCGCCAAACAACAUAAGGCCCUUAGGAGAAAACAAUUUAAGUGGUGAAAUUCCCUUCUCUAUAUGCAAUCUGUCGUUCUCAGUGGUUCUUGAUCUUUCAAAAAAUAUGUUAUCAGGAGAGCUCCCCAAUUGCUGGAGUAAUUCUAUCCAAAUUAGAGUUAUGGAUUUUUCAAGCAACAACAUAUCUGGAGUUAUUCCUGAGUCAAUAUGUUCCAUAGAAUCGCUUCAGUCGUUGCACUUGAGCAAUAACAGUCUAUCUGGAGAACUGCCGUUGUCCUUGAAGGAUUGUGGGAAUUUAUACCUUCUUGAUGCUGAAAAUAAUAAUUUGAAAGGUGAAAUUCCAACUUGGAUAGGUGAAAAUAUAACUCAUUUGAGGUUCCUCAAUCUGCGAUCAAAUAUGUUGUUCGGAGAUAUUCCUCCAAAUCUUUCAAGAUUGAGUUCUCUCCAAUUUCUCGACCUUGCAGAUAAUGAGCUAUCGGGAACUAUUCCAAGAAGCUUUGGAAAUUUUACUGGCAUGAAAGUAAUUGAAAAUUUUUCAAAUUGGACGACAGAUCAAAUUAGAUAUCAGGAGCAGAUGUUUAUAACAACUAAAGGAAACACUCGAUCUUAUGGUAUGUCACUUUUGAUCAUGAAUAUCUUGGACCUCUCAGACAAUAACUUAUCUGGAGGAGUACCCGAAGAACUCACGGGUCUUUUUGGCUUAUUCAGCUUAAAUUUAUCUGGAAAUCAUUUCACAGGAGAAAUCACUGAAAAUAUCAGUAAAUUACAACAGUUGGAGUCCCUUGACUUGUCAAGAAACAACUUUUCUGGCACAAUUCCUUCUAGCCUCGCUGCCUUGACAUAUUUGGCUCACUUGAACCUCUCAUAUAACAAUUUGUCAGGGGAAAUUCCACGUGGUAAUCAACUUUUAACCUUCAAUGAUCCAUCUAUCUAUAUUGGCAAUCCUGGUCUUUGUGGGCUUCCUCUGAACCAAAGUUGCAAUGUCAGUGAGACAACACGAGGUCAAAGUAAUGCAAACGAUAGAGAUAAGAAUGAGAUGAUAUGGUUCUACACGAGCAUGGCACCAGGAUUUGUUGUUGGUUUCUGGGCAGUCUGGGGUACCUUAAUACUUAACAAGAAUUGGAACCUUUACUAUUUUCGUUUUAUAGACAACAUGCUUGACAAAGUAUAUGUGUUUACCGUACUGAAAGUUUCUAGGAUCAGAAAACGUUGUUGUUCCCAGCAAGGAUGAUAAAUUUGAACAUCAAUAUCUGCUGUAUGAGAGUUCAUCUCAUUAAUAUCAUAUCAUCAGCUUGAAUAAAUUUUCUUCUUCUGAAUA